UCUUGAUGAAGUAGGAACACAAGAAGAGAGAGAGACGGGGAGAGAGAGAGAGAGAGGUGUGCUCGCAUAUGUAUGUGCUUUCUCGCUCUUCCAUGAUCCGCAAUUAUUUCAGGCACCAAUCUCUCUCCCUUUUUCUCCGUUAACAUAGCAAGUAUAUAGUUACGACAUCCGCUCCCAAGAAAUCUGAUCACAGUAGGAUCGUAUCUACUUUAGGACGUUCCUUGUUUUUUCCUUUUCUCUUUGUUUGAGAAAAUGGUGUCGGCGAACCGUGAGAUGGUGGUCUACUGCUUCGACACCCUCGUCUCUCACUACAACAGCGAAGAUUCUCCUCCCCCCGCCUUCGAUGAGGGUCACCAUCCAUUAUUUGUUACUUGGAAGAAAGUGGUGAAUGGAGGGGAGCCUCGUUUACGUGGAUGCAUUGGAACUCUAGAAGCUCGUUGGUUGAUUAAUGGAUUCAAGGACUAUGCUCUAACCAGUGCUUUGAGGGACCGCAGGUUUCCCCCCAUACAGGCUAAAGAAUUACCCUUUCUGGAGUGCACAGUUUCCAUUCUGACUGAUUAUGAAACUGCUAACCACUAUCUUGAUUGGGAGGUUGGAAAGCAUGGGAUAAUUAUUGAGUUUACUGAUCCAGACAAUAAUACAAGGCGAAGUGCCACAUAUUUGCCUGAGGUGGCUGCCCAAGAAGAAGUGAGGUUUUGUUCAGUUACUCAAGUUUUAUUUUCAUGUGUACACUUUGGUUUAGCUUGGACAAAAACAGAGGCAAUAGAUUCACUGAUGCGAAAAGCCGGGUACAAUGGCACCAUUACUGAGUCCCUCCGAAAGCGUAUACUGCUGACACGUUAUCAGAGCACGCUGUUCACAAUGCAUUACAGUGAAUAUCUUUCCUAUGUCAAGACAACCAGAGGUGUCGCUCUGUCUAUUGUUGGGGCUAAGCCAGGAAAUCAUUGAUUCUUUCAAAUAGCUUUUGCUUAAGAGCACAAAGCUAGUUUGGUCUAGACAAAAUUUAUUUUAAAGAAGAAAGAACUGGGUGGGGAUGGAUAUGUUUGUCUUCCAUCUCAGACACCCUAAGUUAUUGCUGUGCCUGUCCAUAUUAUUCUUCAAAUUCAUUUGAUUUUGGAGAAAGAAACCAGAAAGAACAGGUUUCCUCGAUUUUAAUAUCCAACAUUCAAGUUCACCUGCUUUUUGGGGAAAGCAUUGCUGGUGAAAAACUUCACAGUUUGUGACUUAAAAUUAGUCAUUCCUGAGUGUUUCAUCUGAUUA